GUGCCCAGCAGAUGGUGCAGGGACCCCGCACAGCGCACGGUGUUCAUUGCACCUUGCGGUGCAUGGCUGCAGGAAGGGGGCACGGCAGGGGACACGGGCUCGGGAAAGAGGCUGCGUGUGCCCCAGGAGUGGCCUUUUUGCAAACCACAAACAUUUGCUCUGCGUGGGAAUCCUACGGGCUGGUAAUGUGAGCUUCAUCGAAGGCGGGGUGCAGUGGUGGAGGUUGGUUGAAAUCCAGGUAGCUAAAGAGAUAAGGGGAAAUGAGGUGAAAAAGCGGGCUGCGUGAUGAACCAAAGGCAACCCCCCCCUUAAAGGGCAGGCCUUGAGGUGGCUGUGGGCAGAAGGGCUCCACGCAGCCAGCCCUCCAGACAGCAUUUGGGAUGGCUGUGACCACAGCCAGGGCACAAAGAGGAGGACGUGGGCUGCCCCCGGGCUGGCUGUCCCACGCGAGCCCUGAGCCCCGCUCCCCAGGGUGAGCUCCGCCAUCCUCUUCCCUCGUCCUGCUCCACAGGGUGCGAGCAGCGCCCGGCACCCGCCGUGCCGUUCGCCAGGGCUCGGCUUCCCCGGCCGCGGUGCGCAGGGCGGCGUGGGAGGGAUAACUCAUCCCAGCCAGGAGGCAGAGGUGCCGGGCGGAGGGAGCUCACCGCCUUCCUCCCGCCAAGAGCCCUGCUCGACCGCGGGACCAUGGCUUCGGGGCUCCGCUGCAGCCUCCCCCUGCUGCUGCCGCUGCUGCUGCUGUGCCCGGCGGCACGGCUGGCCGCACCGGCAGCCCAGGUGAGCUCGUCCUUCUCCUCGCGUGGGUCUGGGGUGUCCUCAUGUGCGUCCUUUCGCCCCUCCGCCUCCCUUCUCUCGGGUCUCGGGGAUGCCUCCUGCAAGAUCUCACCUUAUUUCCCUUCUCCCCAAAGCGGGAGGCUUAGAGCAUGCUAAACGCACCCUCCCACCCCCUAGGUCUUCAAAUCCCCCCUCGCAGUUCCACGCAAUUUGCGUUCCCCACCCCAGCAGGUGAGCCAAGUGGGGAGCACGCGUCUCGCCGGAGCUCCGCUCCCCUCUCCGGCACCCAGCGCUGUGGGAGGGAAGCGCGAGCACGCAGGCUGUUAGUGCAAAGCAAAGCUUUGCUAUUGCUUUUGUGCUGUUGUUUGUUUGUUUGUUUUUAAAUUUCCCUGCACCUGAAAUCACGACCAAGUACACCCAGAGCAAAAAGCACCACUGUUUUUAUGGGAGAGUGGGGGUUUGUUACGGCUCCACAUCCUGCAGGGAGCUCUGCUGGCUCUUGAAGUUAAAAUCAGACCUAACAAAGAGCUGUUUAUUGAAGUGCGCAGGAUGCCAGGCAUCUAUUUGCUUUUUCCUCCCUCUUCCUGUGCUGUACACCCCAGAGCUGCCGGCAGGGCUCAGCUCAUCCCUGGCAACCCUAAAACAGCCACGAGCAGCAGCUGGGGAUGAUGCCGGAUGCUCCGAGCAUGCUGUUUGGGGCUGGCUCUCCUUUUUCCUUUGCAAACCCUCGGUAGCUUUUUGCAAAGUGGAUCAACCCCUGCCCUGCAGCUCAGUUUGCUCGGUCCCAGCCUUGGACCCAUCUCCUUUUCCCAUCACACCGGGGCACGACAUGGGGUUGUGAAUUCCCAAAGGGGAUUGUUCGUCCCCUGCUCCACGUGCUCUGCAAAUCUCCAGGCUUGAAAACUGACUCUGCUUUGCUCAGCUCUUGCUCUCUCCCUUUGGUUUUCAGUUAAUUCCUCAGGAAACCUAUAAUAAAGAUGCCCGUCGCCUGCAUGAGUCAGUCCCUUGGUAACCAUUAGCUUGCAGGCAGAAGUCCCACAAGUGUUUCUGGCCCUAGAAGAACUCACAAGACAUCUGUUUUCCUAUUAUUUUGUAAUAUGGAAGUGGGACAUGGCUCUAGCUCCAGCAGGCCGAGCUGCAGCAUCUCUCCCAGGGCUAACAAAGCUAUCACAGUGAUGCGUUGCCAUGUUAGGAUGUAGGAGGCUAUGCCAAGAGCUAGGGAUUUCCCACAUGAGGUUUGGGUUCAAAACCCCCGUGUUUGGUCAGUGGGGGCAAACGAUGCGAUCUGGAGGAGGCAGGUAGGUGCUGGGGCUGUGGGUGCUGAGCACUUGCCGUGCCCGCAGGGCUGCCCAGGCAGGCAGCAGCUCCUGGCAGCUGUGCGGCAGAUGCAGCAGCUGCUGAAGGGGCAGGAGACGCGCUUCGCCGAGGGCCUGCGCCUGAUGAAGAGCCGCCUCAGCACGCUGCACUCAGCCCUGGCCAAGGCAGCCCCGGAGCCGGCGCCUGUGUCCUGCCCAGCCCCACAGGCCCCCGCUGGCGGGCGGAUGUUCGGCACCAAGUACCUGGUGGAGCACGAGGUGCACUUUGCCUGCGAGCCCGGCUUCGAGCUGCAGGGUUCCAGCACACGGAUAUGCCAGGCUGAUGGCAGCUGGAGUGGACAGGAGCCGCGCUGCACAGAACUCAGCACAUGCUCCAGCAGCCCCUGCCAGAACGGCGGCACCUGUGUGGAGGGACCAGGCCAGCACCACUGCCUCUGCCCACCACCAUGGAGCGGGGCAGCCUGCCAGCACCGCACGCAGACGGAGCCCCCGACGUGGAGCACGACGGCCGACCCUGCCUUCAGCCGCAAGCCCCGCUGUGCCCAGGUGGAGCACGCCCAGCAGUGCCGCUGCGAGCCUGGCUUUCACAUGAGCGGCACAGCCUCCGCCAGCCUCUGCCAGGACGUGGACGAGUGUGAGCUGUACCAGGCAGAAGGGGCACCACGGCUGUGUGCCCACGCCUGCGUCAACCUGCCCGGCUCCUACCGCUGCGCCUGUCCCAGCGGGUACAGCCUGCUGGGCGAUGGCAAGAGCUGUGAAGACAUCGAUGAGUGCGCUCUGUCACGGGACAACUGCACGCGGGGGACAACGUGCAUCAACACAGGCGGGGGCUUCCAGUGCGUCAGCCCUGAGUGUCCCCAGCCCGGUGGCAAUAUCACCUACGUGAAAACAUCACCCUUCCAGUGCGAGCGCAACCCUUGCCCGAUGGACAGCAGGUCGUGCCACCAGGCGCCCAAAACCAUCUCCUUCCACUAUCUGCCGCUGCCCUCCAACCUGCUGACCCCAACCCCGCUCUUCCGCAUGGCCACGGCGGCGGCACCCGGCCGGCCGGGACCCGACAGUCUCCGCUUUGGCAUUGUGGGAGGCAACAACCGGGGCCACUUUGUGAUGCAGCGCUCGGACCGGCAGACUGGGGAGCUCAUCCUGGUGCAGAGGCUGAAGGGCCCCCAGACCAUCCAGGUGGAUGUGGACAUGUCCGAGUACCUGGACCGCACCUUCCAGGCCAAGCAUCUCUCCAAAAUCACUCUCUUCGUCUCUGCCUAUGAGUUUUAGGGCCGACCAGGGGGCGGCUGCAGGGUUUGGAUGCUCUCGUGUGCGUGCGGAUGCCAGCAAGCACUGGAGCCCUGAAGCCAGCUGUCCCCCCUCUGCGUCGCGGCGAUUUUGUCUGAGUCUCCAGGUGGUUUUUACCCCCACCUCCAUGGAAAAAGCAGCAUGUGAGGUGCAACAGACUGCAUGCGGGUUAUCUGCUUGCUGAGUGCGGGAACUGGGCAUUAUUUUUGCCUGCGGCUCCAGGAGGACAUCGUAUAACCUCUGCACUUACACAGUGCAAACCAGCAGGUAGAAACCAAGGUGCUUACGACCUUUUUGAUUCCUUUUUUGUAGGAAAGAAGCUAAGCUGGUGCUGUCAGCCCUCCUCUGCACUGGGCUGGGCUUGCUUCCCUCUGAACACCAAGACCCCCAGCUGGGAUUCGCUGGGCAGAGCUCAAGCUCUUGGUGCUGCUUGGGGCCGUGCCCUACACGCCCUGAGGCUGUGUGGCACAACAUGGAGCAAGUGGAGAAGUUCUUCCCAGCCUCAGCUCCCAGCCCACACCCGAAGCAGCAAGUUUGGGAUGGGACUGUCUAAAAGUGAGGUUGUUGCUCAGGGUGGGGUCAGCCAACCUGAGGUCCCCAGAGACACAGGGAGGACUCGGUGCCAUCCCACAUGAUGAGCUGGAGACGAGGGAUGGCUGGAAGGACCUAAGGCUGUCCCAUGCCUUAAUCCUCUUGGAUGGGGUCAUGCACCUGCAUCCACCCAUGACCACUGGGAAGUCCUGGCAUGGAUGUGUGUUGGGGAUGGCUUCAGCUGAGCACGGUGCUUGUCUUGCAAGAGCUCAGGGUGUGAAUAUCUCAUUUUUUAACACCCCUCGUCCUCUUGCAGGGAUAGCUGUGGGGUUGGCUCCUGCCAUGGUGCUGCAACACGUGCCCAGGGCUGGCACCACUGUGGUGCUCACCUCUGCUCCCCAGUGCAGCGCUUGUGCAUGUAAACCACAAAAACAUUAUGCAUGUUUCUUUUUCAUUUAGUACAAUUAAAGGAUGAUAUAGCCUCUGAGUAGGUGCAGAGCAGAAUAAAGUACCUGCAGCGCGUGUA